AGUAAUGUGUACACUGUUUAGGAACACUUACUUGCACUUAAAUACUUUAUUUACAUCAACGCAGAUAUCUUGUUUAAUGGUAUCCUAAAUAUGUGCGUAAAAAAUAAAGUGAUAUCUAAUACAAGAUAUAAAUAUGAACAUAUAAGAUGGAUACAAACUAGCUGAGAAUGGAUUGUAAGCAAGUAACGGACGGACCAUGGAGUAUAGCGGUUGCUUUAGCGUCAUUUCUAGCUCAGGGUAUCCUUGGCGGCCAUGUAUAUACCACUGGUAUUUUCUAUACCAUUUUUAAGCAACAAUAUCCGGGGGCGAGUGAGGUAGCCAUUUCUUGGAUGUGUACUCUCCCGUUGACUUUAUGGUUUAUUGUUGGUCCUCUGGGAAGUAUAUUUACCAACCGUUACGGCUGCAGGAUAUGCUCUGUGAUUGGUGGAUUACUGGCGUCAUUCGGGUUGACCUUAUGUUAUGUUUCAACUAAAUUCUACAUGGUGUUCGUUUUCUACGGACUUUUAGCAGGUAUUGGGAAUGGAAUUCAUUAUGUCGGAUUCGUGACAGCCGUGAAUAGAUACUUCAAAAAGUACCGACUUAUAGCAAACAUCAUAUCAACAAUAGGUGUCACAUUCGGUAUGGCAGUGUACGCGGCCUUGGUGCCACCAAUGACCGAGACCUUCGGCUGGAAGGGAACCUUGCUAAUUCUAGGAGGGAUAUCAUUCAAUUUGUGCGCACUUGGUUGUGCCCUGUUUCCUACAGUUUCACAGUCUUCUUCUUCAAAGGUGUUAAACAUAGGUCUGCUCAGGGACAAGUACUUUUUAUUGUUUGGCGUCCAGUACCUGUUUUGCAACCUCUCAAGUUCUAUGAUUUUCCUCCAUCUGCCAGCUCUGUUAUUAUCAUUUGAAACGGGCGCUUCAUAUUGGUUUUUUUCAUUGACAGUCUAUGGAAUUGCUAACUGUUUUAUGAAAGUUUUAUAUAGUGUAAUCGUGUAUCUUAGAAAGCCAGACUCGAGCAUUGUGUACACCGGUUCCCUAACUAUAAGCGGUAUCGUUAUGAUUCUGUUGCCAGCGUUACAGAACCAGGUCUGGGUGAUAGUCCUGGUUGCAAUAUUAGGAUGUACAUGCAGUGUUACAGGUGGACAUAACGUGGAGGUGAUUUUAUACCUUGUGGGUCAAGAAAACGUUUCGGAUGGCCUUGGUUUCGGACAGGUUGCUAAGGCUUCCGGAAGUCUUCUCGCCGGACCGCUAGCUGGACUGUUGUAUGAAGCCAGCAGACGUUACGAUACAUAAUUUUUCGUCGGCGGUAGCGUGAUGAUCGCCGGGUGUUUGCUGAUGCUGCCGGUGAUAAAAAUGCCCCGACGAAAGAGAAAGAAAGCAGCACAGGAAACAGAAAUCAUAUCUAACCUGCCUGUUCAACAAAAACAGACUCAAGAUAAUGCUAGUAUACCUAUGCUCAAAGUUUAGCUAUUGCUUGUAGAAAUAAGAAAAGUCGUCUUCAAAAUAAAUAUAAAUCGUACUUCCAACGUAGAUCAAGGACCUUUUGAGUUGAUACCGUUAUCAUUAUAAAAAGUUAUGGAAGAGUAAACCCGACAGAAUACCAUCAGUUAUGGUAAUAGGUUAUGUAAAAGCAAACCGCAUUGAAGAAUCAACAGGGGAAAACCGGCUUCUCGCUUAACAGAAAAUGUAUAACGUCGCGAAAGGAACUAUUACGGAAGGACAAUACACAGAAUCUGAGUAUCAUACGCAAAUCCAUAUCUUAAAACCGUUCCUUAAUGACGUACAUGUACUGAUAUUGUACAUAAUUUAUGUACUAAUUAUAUAGCACUCUAUCGUAUGUAAGGAUCUGUGACGUCACCGAUAAUUGCAUUAUGGUAUAACUGCUGCCCAAACAAAAAAAAGAUUGGAAUGAAUCGGUGUAAUAAAUGGUGAACAAAUCGGGUGAUUUGUUCACGAUUUGAUCACGAUUCAAAUGGUAUGCAAAUGAGCUAAUGAAUCGGUAAUAAAUCGUAAACAAAUCGUUUAAUAAAUCGGUAACAAAUCAGGACUUUAAAUUGUUUUGCUAAAUAAUGAAUCGGUAACAAAUCGGGUAUGCUGAAGUUGAAAUGAAAGGAAUUUGGAAAUCAGUGGCACUAAUAAAUCGGUAAUAAAUCGUGCUAAUGAGUCGGUAAUGAAUCGUACUAAUAACUCAGCAUUAUUUUUAAGGGACGAAAGCAUGGGUACAAAAAGUUUGAGGACGAAUUGUGUGUAAAUUCUCUAGAAAGGGUAGCAUUAGCUAUAAAAUGGCAAAAUAAAUGUUCUCGUCAGUAAAGAAAAACAUGAAAUAUAUAGAUUCUAUUUACAGUAUAGCAAUUGCAAAAUUCAAGAAUAUGAUACAUAUUAGAACAUAUGCAUCAGAUCUAAUUUAUAAAAUUUCUUUAAAGUUGUCAUGAAAACAUACGACAAUCUUGUAAUUAUUUCCUAAAAACUUAACAGCUUCAAAUAUAGUGUAGAGAGCUAAUGUAUGUACUUAAACAUGUCCUUUUACAACUAUAUUAGACAAUCAAACAUUUGCACUUACUCCAUAACAGUUAAAAUUCCAGUAUUUCAGAGGACAUGUGGUGUUUCUGUGUAUUUCAGUUAUCCCGCCAAAAUGCAUUAAAGAUGGCUGACAAUAUACUCAUGUUUCCCGCCCAAAAAGUCACAACUUUACUUUUUAAUGAAUCGGUAAUAAAUGGUACUGCACAAAAUAUCUGUUUCUAAUGAAUGUUAAACAAAUCGGUUAUCUGCAAUGAAUGGGGGAGGGACUUUCUCUCCAAAACCCGAUUUGCUUCCGAUUCAUUAAAUGAAUCGUAAACAAAUGGUGUUAAUAAAUCGGCAAAUCCCGAUUUGUUCACCAUUUAUUCACGAUUUUGAUACCAUUUGUUACUGGAUUUUUUUGUUUGGGUGUGUGUUCUAUUUAUAGAACACGAGAGAGUGCUAUUGCAUUUGCUCAAAAAAUUAUCUCUAUAUAAACUGCAGAUUGCGAAUAGAAUGUGAAAUCAUGAUUUUCUUGGUAAAUGUGGUAAGAUACAUUAAGCAAUAAAUAUGUAU